AUGGACAACAGACCUGCUUCGGAGUACGCGCAGUCAGGUUCGCACUUUCCAUAUCCACUGUCUGCCGCGACUCAUCAUUCUGAACCCCCCGCUGCAGACCAGGCUUCUGCUGCUGCCGCUGCUCAAUACACUCCCCAACCGGAGGUUCGCCCGACUCCCCAGUACACGCCUCAACCCGAGGUCCGCCCCGCCGCCAACAUCUCUUCAUCCAACACACCUCAGUCGGACUACGGUCUGAACCAACCCGCCGCCGCGCGCUCACCUGCCUAUCCCGAAUACCUCGCCCGCCCACCUCAGUACCAUCACGCCCCCAACACCCAGGCCGGUGGUGCGGCAGGUAUGGCUCAAGCAACAAGUCCGUCCAUGACCACCCUCAAUAAUGGGCAACACCAUGACCCACGCAAUCAUCACACGAACGUGAAGUCUGACGCAGACGUUCCUAUAGAUCCCUCAAUCGCGGCCUCCAGCCCCACCUAUCCUCCUCCUUACUCGCCUUAUCAGCCGCAGGGCCAUGAAAUGGCUCAAUACCAGGGUCACCCCCCUCCCCCCCCUCAGAUGUAUACGCGUCCGGAAUGGUCGCAUGGUUAUGGACACAAUCAACACGGUCUCCCUGGGCCAUAUAACGCUCCUGCCACAACGGUUGGUCCCGCCUCCCCUGCUGCGACCGCAGGGCCGCGCCCUGGCCAGGUAUACUCAUUCGUUCCCAUUCCCGGCGCGCAACAACACAAGCGCCCUCGCCGGCGAUAUGAGGAGAUUGAGCGUAUGUACAAGUGCGGUUGGAACGGAUGUGAGAAGGCCUACGGUACUCUCAAUCACUUGAAUGCACAUGUGACGAUGCAAUCGCAUGGUGCGAAGCGUACACCUGAGGAAUUUAAAGAAAUUCGCAAGGAAUGGAAAGCUCGGAAGAAGGAGGAAGAGGCUCAGCGCAAGGCCGCUGAGGAGCGCGAGCGUGCCGCCGCCCAAGCUGCCCAGUCCAACCCAGUGGAUGCGCCCAACCCUGCGGAUCCCGCCCAAGGUGGCCAACCGCCAGCGUACCCCGGCGGUGUUCGACCUCAACUCCCUCCGAUCGGAUACCAACCUGCUGAUGGCCAGGUGCCCGGGCAGUACGGAGCGGCUGCUGGUGGCAUGGUUUACCAGGGUAAUGGGCAGAUGGCCUACCCUCCCAAUUACCCUCACUCCCCCUAUGGGCAAGCGGGCCAAGUGUACCAGCCACGGAAAAAAAAACCGCCGCAGGAGGAGCCCGCUGCUGUCUCCGCGAAGAACAAGGAGCUCCAGGAGUUGCUGCUCAAGGUCGCGGAGGUCGGUACGUCGCCCCGGCUCCGGAUGCAGGAGGCCUCGCUGCUGGGCGACAGACAUACGAAGAAACAGGUCGAGAUGGAGUUGAAGUGGCUGCCGGACCCGAAGCGGCUGGCCGAGCGGGUAGGUCGCCUGCUGCAGGCGCGGGAGAUCAUCAUGGCGGCGGCGCUGGUGCGCGCGGCGCAGAAGGAAGGGCGGGAGUGCAUGGUCGCCUGGAAUCAUAUCUUUGAGUAUUGCAUGAAACAGGGUGCGACCAUGGCGGCGUAUAAGUUCUAUACGGAUAUGAAAAAACGUGGACGCAGACCGAACUCCCACACCUAUACGAUCAUGAUGAAUGGGUUCAGUAUCUAUAAUCCGCAGGAGAAAGCGAAGAAUGUGGACGCCGCGAUGCGUGUAUAUCGGUCUAUUGAGGAGAACCCGGACGUGGAGCGGGAUAUCAUCCACAGCAAUGCGAUGCUGAAGGUCUGCUGGCUCCAGGAAGACAUGGAUACCUUGUGGCGGGUUGCCGGAGAUCUCCCCGAGGAAGGGCCCGGGUCGCCCAACGCUCACACCUACACGAUCAUUCUGCGCGCUAUUCAGAGUCGCCUGGAGCGUAGCACGCAGGAUAUUCCCUCCAAACACGUCCGCCCACACUGCGAGAAGAGAAAGGCGGCCAUCACUGAGGGUAAGCGGGUGUGGGCUGAUGUCGUUUAUCGCUGGAAGAAAGGUCAGCUUCAGCUCGAUAACCACCUGGUCCACUCGAUGGCCGAGCUGCUCUUGAAUGCGUUCAGCGACUAUAAUUGCUGGGAGGUGCUGGCUUUGUACAACCAGACGGCGGGUCUGCCCAUUUUCGCCAACAAGCCCUCGCCGGAUAAGGAAUACGAAGAUAAGUGGGCAAACAAACGGCACGGCAAGCGUCGUGACGGGCCGAAUGCCGACUAUUUGCCCUUUGUGAACUAUAACAACGAGCCGAUCGAAACCGAGGCUACCAAGGAAUCGGAGUCGGAAAUCGUGGAGGAGCAGGAGCAGGAGCAGGAGCAGGAGCAGGAGCAGGAGAAUUUCGAUCACUUGUUCGAUCCUGUACACGAUGGCACUGGCUCUUUAGCUCCAGCCCUGAUUACCCUCGGUAACCGAGAGAUUGACGUGCUGCUGGAGGCCUGCUUGACCAUGGUGCAAGGAAUGCGACCUGGCAAACAGUAUUGGGAGUACCUCACGCGCGAGGGCCACGCGGAUCUGAUCAAGCCCGAUGCGGCUGCGAUUCACCAAUACCUGCGUCUUCUCCGCUACAGCCGAUCGACCCGGGAAGCCAUCGCGGUGAUCCGCGACCAGAUGGUGCCCGCUGGGAUCACCGACCCCAAAACAUUCCACAUUGCGAUGAGUGUCUGCCGGCGCGACACCCGCAACGGAAACGUCUUGCAACUCGCCGACGAGAUGCUCGAUCUCAUGGGGCGUGCGCUCGUCCUUCCAGAGCCGCGUGCUCUGGUGGGCUACCUCGAUCUCGUCCAGUCCCUGAAGGAGAAUCCUCAGCUGCUGCUGUCUUUGCUUGGCUUGGAGGGUGCCUGGAAGGCUCGAGCGAACAACUUCCAGGACAAGGGCCGGAGCUUGUACGUGGGGUUACAGCUGCACGCCGUCAAGAAACUCUUCCCCCAUCUCAUGAAAUUGGAGGAAGCCACGUUACCGUACCUCCCGAAGACGGAGGAAUAUGCCACUGUGGACAUCCCUCCGCCUCACAACCGCGACUCGACGUUCGGGCUGUACGGCUCGAAAAUCGCACAGGCGAUGAACGAAACCGGCAGAGUGAUCGACGAGCUGGUGCAACGGCACAGAAACAAGAACUUUUUGAGUAAAGAACUACUGGCGGAUCUGCAGGAGAAGCGAGCCAUGCUCAAGAAAUACUCCCAUGCCCGUAUCAACAAGCAUAUUCGUGAUAUUCGCGUGGAUGCGACUGCCAGCCAGACCGAGGCGUUUGACCAGCAGCUGGAGAAGCAUCAGGGACAACAGCAGGCGAAGAAGCAGGAGCAAAAGCAGGAGAAGAAGCAGCAGGAGAAGAAGCAGAAGAAGCAGGAGGAGCAGCAGGAGGAAGUGGAGAAAAAGGCCGAGGUAGCCGAUACGAAGGAGGAAUAGUCUCGGCACUGUAUAGAACCAUCAUCACCUCUCCCGACAUGUACUUGUGUCAUCUAUAGCAUUUUCAGGGCGUUGGUAUAUAGGUCUUGGUUUGUUUGUACAACAAUUGCAUGCUAUCUUCUCUUCUGUAUAGAUCAUCGGUGCCAUACAGGAGGC